CCUAAAGUCCUAAACUCCCACACGGCCGUAAUUCAAUUCAUUCCUUGGAAAACAGUUUGGAAUUCUCACAAACUUCCCCCAUUAUAUUUAGAGACCCGCCUCUGAUUUGAUCCGCCAUUGAUCGAUACGCUGAAGAUAGCGACCCGGGUCGCUGAAGUACCGCGAUCGGAAACGGAGUUCGCAGCGUUUCCGGCAACACUGAGACAAAUCAGGAGCAAACUGAUCCUGAAUCCUGGCUUGUUGCAGACUCAAGUUACGGAGUAAGAGGUGAUGAUGUAUGCAAGGAGAAUUAAUUGCAGAAAUCAGAAAUGGAUGCGUCAGCUGUCCAAUUCAAUAGAGCAAAGUCACGUUAGUCAUGCUAGCUUCAUUAGAAAUCGUCUCCUAGAUUCAUCCUCAUUGCCAAGUGUUGCUUCUGCUAAUAGUUUCAAUGGUCUCCUAGUCGCGUCGGGUAGUCAGUUACGCUUCUUCAGCUCAGAAGGCGAUACAAAUGAGGGUAAACAGUUACCUGGUGCUAACUUUGAUAAAGAAAAGAAUCGACACGCCAUACUUGGGGAGCAAGAUCAAAAGGAUUGGCUUAAUAGUCGCAAGCUUACCUUUGAGAGUAAGAAGAAAGAACUACCUUUCUUGACAAGACGAGAGAAGUUCAAGAAUGACUUUCUACGGAGAGUUGUUCCGUGGGAGAAUAUAACUGUUUCAUGGGAGACAUUUCCUUACUACAUCGAUGAACCAACCAAAAAUCUUUUGAUGGAAUGCGCCGCUGCUCAUUUGAAACACAACAAGUGUACUUCUACUUAUGGCGCUCGGUUGACAUCUUCAAGUGGGAGAAUACUGCUUCAGAGUGCUCCAGGCACUGAGCUUUACUGUGAAAGAUUAGUUAGAGCUCUAGCGCGAGAUCUUCAAGUUCCCUUACUCGUUCUGGACAGCAGUGUUCUCGCUCCUUACGAUUUUGGUGAUGAUGGUCCAACCGAGUCUGAAUCAGAUGAAGAUGAUGGUGUGGAGGAGUGUGCUUCAGAGUCAGAUAUUGAUGAUGAGAAUGAUGCUAGUAAUGAAGAAGACUGGACUAGUAGUAAUGAUGCAAAAUCAGAUUGUAGUGAUAAAGAUGAAGUUGAUCUACAUGCAAAGGCUGAAGCAGCCCUCAAAAAGCUUGUUCCUCUUGAACAAUGUUCUAAGAUGGUAUCUGGGGAAAAUAAUGUUGAAUCUGAGGACUCAAAGUCAGAAGCUGCUGAUCCGACCGAUAAAUCAAAAGAGUCUAAACAACCACUGAAGAAAGGUGAUCGGGUGAAGUAUGUUGGGCCUACUUUACGUAUUGAGGCUGAUAACAGGGUCAUAUUGGGGAAAAUAUCAACAUCCGAUGGUCCAAGGAAAGCGUAUACCAUUUUCCGUGGCAGGCCUUUACCAAAUGGUCAACGGGGGGAGGUAUUUGAGGUUAGCGGAGAUCAAAUUGCUGUAAUAUUGGAUAUAAAUGAUAACCCAGGAAGUGAUGUGGAGAAAGAGGAGAAAGAAGAAGACCAGCCUGCAAAUCCACCAGUUUAUUGGAUACAUGCCAAUCAUGUCGAGCUUGUUGGUGACACUCAGAUUGAGGAUUGUUACAUUGUUGCAAUGGAGGCCCUACGUGAGGUAUUGCAUGUCAAGCAACCUCUUAUCGUCUAUUUUCCAGACUCUUCUCAAUGGUUGUCUAGGGCAGCUCCCAAGUCAAAAAGGAAGGAGUUUGUCAAUAAGGUGCAAGAAAUUUUUGACCGAUUAUCAGGUCCUGUUGUUUUAAUCUGUGGGCAGAACAUAUCUGAAUCCGAGUCAAAGGAGAAAGAGAAAUUUACGAUGAUACUACCAAAUUUUGGGCGUCUUGCAAAGCUGCCUGUUUCUCUUAAGCGUCUUACUGAGGGGCUAAAGGCAACAAAGAGAUCAGAUGAUGAUGAAAUAUAUAAGCUAUUCUCAAAUGUAUUCUGCAUACAGCCCCCAAAGGAAGAAGAGGUACUUCAAACAUUCAAUAAACAGAUUGAAGAAGACGGGAAAAUUGUGAUGUCGAGGAGUAAUUUGAAUGAAUUACACAAGGUUCUCGAGGAACAUCAGCUAUCAUGUGCAGACCUUUUGCAAGUAGAUACAGAUGGUGUGAUCUUGACAAAGCGAAAAGCUGAGAAGGUAGUUGGCUGGGCUAAAAGCCACUACUUGUCAUCUUGUCUUGUUCCUUCCAUUAAAGGUGACAGACUGCAGCUGCCUCGUGAAAGUCUUGAAGUAGCAAUCUCACGUUUGAAGGAGCAAGAAAACUUGUCUCGGAAACCUUCUCAAAAUUUGAAGAACCUUGCAAAGGAUGAAUAUGAGAGUAACUUUGUAUCAGCAGUUGUACCUCCUGGUGAAAUUGGUGUCAGGUUUGAUGAUGUAGGUGCUCUGGAGGAGGUGAAGAAGGCGUUGAAUGAACUAGUCAUUCUACCAAUGAGAAGACCAGAGCUUUUCUCUCAUGGAAAUUUGCUGCGGCCAUGCAAAGGGAUAUUACUUUUUGGUCCUCCUGGAACUGGGAAGACCCUGCUUGCCAAGGCACUUGCAACAGAAGCUGGGGCUAACUUUAUCAGCAUUACCGGUUCAACGCUUACAUCAAAGUGGUUUGGAGAUGCUGAAAAGCUGACCAAAGCUCUCUUCUCGUUUGCCAGCAAGCUUGCUCCCGUCAUUAUUUUUGUUGAUGAGGUUGAUAGUUUGCUUGGCGCUCGUGGUGGUUCUUUUGAGCAUGAGGCAACUAGAAGAAUGAGAAAUGAGUUUAUGGCAGCUUGGGAUGGAUUGCGAUCCAAAGACAGUCAGAGAAUUCUUAUUCUCGGUGCCACAAAUCGGCCAUUUGACCUUGAUGAUGCUGUUAUUCGUCGCUUACCAAGAAGGAUAUAUGUUGAUUUACCAGAUGUUGAAAAUCGUAAGAAGAUUUUGAGUAUAUUUCUUGCUCAAGAGAAUCUAGAACCUGGUUUCCCAUUUGAGAAGCUUUCAGAAGCAACUGAGGGAUACUCUGGCAGUGAUUUGAAGAAUCUCUGUAUUGCUGCUGCUUAUAGGCCUGUCCAAGAACUAUUAGAAGAAGAAAUCAAGGACAGCAAAAAAGAUUUAUCUGCAGCGUUGAGGCCACUUAGUUUAGAUGACUUUAUACAAUCAAAAGCCAAGGUUGGACCAUCUGUAUCGUAUGAUGCUGCGAGUAUGAAUGAGCUUAGAAAAUGGAAUGAGCAAUACGGUGAAGGUGGAAGCAGAAGAAAAUCACCAUUUGGUUUUUGAAACUGCUUUUACAAGGUUAACCUGAUUGUUAUAGAAAUAUAUCUUACCGAGAAUCAAAAAGGAGAGGCCCAACUUUUUGUGUCCUCUCUUUAUCAAAAAUUGAAGGAGCCCAGCUUGGAGCGACUUCCAUUCUUGAAUUUCUUUUAAUUUGGAGGGAAAAGAAACUGAUAGAAUACUGCCUUUGCUGGCUUUAGGAAAACCUUAGAAUACUGCCCAACUGUGUUACUUUGUUGAUUUACUUACUAGCAUUGGUGAGAACAUUCCCGUGUUUCGUCCAGUGUUGCUGGAAAUGCUGCUCCUCCCUGUGAACUCCGUUUCCGAUCGAGUGUACCCAAUCACGGUACUUCAGCGACCCGGGUUGCUAUCUUCAGCGUAUCGAUCAAUGGCGGAUUUGGUCUCUAAAUAUAUGGGGAAUUAGAUUUUUAGAGGAAGAGUUUGUGAAUUGCAAUGACAAAGAGGAGGUGGAUGUUCGAUCUUUAAGCUGAGCUGGUUUUUCAAGGAUUGAAUUGAGUCUUACGGCCAUGUGGGAGUUUAGGACUUUAGGUAUAGUUGAAUCUGAAUGUAAUCUUUCAAUUUCUAGAAAAGAAAUCAAUCAGAUCCAAGGGUCUAAAUAUUUGAAUGUAAUCUUAGAUAAUAUUUAGUCGAUGAAACAAUAGAAUGAAUUCGAGAGAAUGAACGUAAUUUUAUUA